CCAUCGCCAUGAGCCGCGGUAACCAGCGUGAGCUCGCCAGCCAGAAGAAUAUGAAAAAGCAGAGCGACUCGGUUAAGGGAAAGCGCCGAGAUGACGGGCUUUCUGCUGCCGCCCGCAAGCAGAGGGACUCGGAGAUCAUGCAGCAGAAGCAGAAAAAGGCAAAUGAGAAGGAGGAACCCAAGUAGCUUUGUGGCUUCGUGUCCAACCCUCUUGCCCUUCGCCUGUGUGCCUGGAGCCAGUCCCACCACGCUCGCGUUUCCUCCUGUAGUGCUCACAGGUCCCAGCACCGAUAGCAUUCCCUUUGCCCUGAGUCUGCAGCGG